AUUCGUUCACAUACACUCUGUUAUACAAGAGGAACGGUACACUGAGUGUGUAUAGGGUGUGUAGAGUGUGUGUAUGUUUGUAGUGUGUGCACAUGUGUGUGUUUAGUCUACUCGGUAGUCUAGUAGAGGGACAAAUCAAAAUGAGGACAGGAGCAGGAGCAGUACUGACUGAAGAUGAACAAUUCCAUUCCACUGGGACAUGACAGAGGCCUCGAGCGAGACGUAAAGCGGUGUGCCCUGUUCUGACGGCUGAGAGCUAGGCAUGCUGGAUAAAGACCCCACCACCACCAGCAGCCUUCAGCUGACGACCUCUGACCCCUCUGACAUUGCUGUGGAACCCAGUGACAUCACAGACGGCCUCGGCAUCAGCAGGAAGAUGUCGGACGUAGUUGAGAGUUUGGACACCAGAGAGUUGGACAUGGGAGAUGGAGAGGAGACUGACAAUGACCCUAUCACCAUAGGGGACAGUCGUAUAGGGUUCAGUGCUGUGUAUCACACCGUGGGUUUUAAGGAGUCUGAAGCCAGGGUCUAUCUCCCUACUGUCCCCAUCACUGCUAAGAUACUGGAGGUGGAGAGGUUCAACACAGCGCAGGACAGGUUCAACAUCACGGCACAGAGGAGUGUCAACAAGAGUCAGCCUGCAGUGUUUAAGAUUGAGCUGAGACAUGGAGAGUUCAGCUGGGUGGUCAAGAGAAAGGAGAAACACUUCAUGGACCUCCACAGAGAACUGGUCCGAUACAAGAUGUUCAUGAGGGUGCCGCUACCCUCCCGCAGCCACACAACGAGGAGGAGGACAAUGAAGAAGAGUGAAGCCAGACAUAUGCCUGAGCUACCGCGUGGCGGAGAUGAGUUUGCACAAGACGAACAGGUCUACAGCAGAAGGAAACAGCUGGAAGAUUAUCUGAACAAGCUCCUAAGGAUGGCCAUGUACAGGAAAUACUACCACACUAUGGAGUUUAUAGACGUCAGCCAGAUGUCCUUCAUCCAUGACCUGGGACCUAAAGGACUGGAGGGGAUGAUACACAAGCGUUCCGGAGGUCAUCGUAUCCCAGGCUUGAACUGCUGUGGUCACAGUGAAGCCUGCUACCGCUGGUCUAAACGCUGGUUGGUGAUGAAGGAUUCGUUCCUCUUCUACAUGAAGCCAGACUCAGGAGCCAUUUCCUUUGUUCUCCUGUUGGACAAAGAGUUCAGCGUCAAAAUGGACUCCAAAGACACAGAGACCAAAUACGGAGUACGCAUCGACAGCCUCUCCAGGUGCCUUGUACUGAAGUUGAACAGCUACAGACAUGCUCGGUGGUGGGGCCAGGCGAUAGAAGACUUUGUCCGUAAACACGGGAGGGCGUUUCUACGAGACCAUCGAUUUGGUUCCUUUGCUCAGGAGGAGCAGAACAUCCCUGCCAAAUGGUAUGUGAAUGGGAAGACCUACAUGGAGGAUGUAGCUGAUGCUCUGGAAGAAGCUAAAGAAGAGAUAUUCAUCACUGACUGGUGGUUGAGUCCAGAGAUCUUCCUGAAGAGGCCAGUUGUGGAGGGAAACAAAUGGAGACUGGACUGCAUCCUCAAACGCAAAGCGCAACAGGGGGUUCAUAUCUUUGUGAUGCUGUAUAAGGAGGUGGAGCUAGCUCUGGGCAUCAACAGUGAAUACAGCAAGAGAACACUAAUGCACCUGCAUCCCAACAUCAAGGUGAUGCGCCACCCGGACCAUGUGUCGUCGUCUGUCUACCUGUGGGCGCAUCACGAGAAGAUCAUCAUCAUCGACCAAUCGGUGGCCUUCGUUGGCGGGAUCGACCUGGCGUAUGGUCGCUGGGACGACCGAGAGCAUCGCCUGACAGAUGUGGGGAGUGUGACACGCUCUGUUGCCCUGGAGAUGGAGCAGUCUCAGAGCUCUGCCCACCAUCCCUCCAGUAGGGGAGUGUCCUCUACUGAUGGUGCUGCCAGUAGCAACGGAGGCAACCAAUCACUGCCUGGAAACCCAGGGGUGGAGCUUCCGCGGCUGAAGGGGAUUGGUCGAACCAGGAGGAUGCACUUCUCCCUGGUCAAACACCUCCACAAACACACUCUGCAGCAUGCAGACAGCAUCAGCUCCUUGGACAGCGCUGGCAGUUGUUCAGUGCGAAGCCUCCAGACAGGUGUAGGAGAGCUGAGGGGUAACACCAGGUUUUGGCAUGGAAAAGAUUACUGCAACUUUGUCUACAAGGACUGGAUACAGCUGGAGAAACCCUUCGAUGACUUCAUUGACAGGUACACCACUCCCAGGAUGCCGUGGCAUGACAUCUCCUCUGUGGUCCAUGGGAAAGCUGCCAGGGACGUGGCCAGACACUUCAUACAGCGCUGGAACUUCUGUAAGAUAAUGAAGCCUAAGUAUCAUUCUCUCUCCUACCCGUACCUCCUACCCAAGUCUCACAGCAGUGCCAGCGAGCUGAGGUACCAGGUGCCCGACUGUGUUCCCACUAGAGUACAGGUGUUGCGGUCAGCAGCUGACUGGUCAGCUGGUAUUAAGUAUCAUGAGGAGUCCAUCCACAACGCCUACCUCCAGACUAUCGCCAGGAGCAAGCACUUCAUCUACAUAGAGAACCAGUUUUUCAUCAGUUGUUCUGACAACAAGAUGGUCUACAACAAGAUCGGAGAAGCGCUCAUCGAGAGGAUCCUCAGAGCUCACAAGGAGGGCAAGAAGUUCCGUGUGUACGUGGUGACUCCACUACUUCCUGGGUUUGAAGGUGACAUCACAACAGGGGGAGGAAACGCCCUCCAGGCCGUCAUGCACUUCAACUACAGGACCAUGAUCAGAGGUGAAUACUCCAUCAUCUCCCAGCUGAAGAAAGAAAUGGAUGAACUACAGUGGAUGAACUACAUCUCAUUCUGUGGUCUGAGGACACACGCUGAGCUGGAGGGACGCCUGGUCACAGAGCUCGUCUACGUCCACAGCAAGAUGCUCAUCGCAGACGACAACACCGUCAUCAUCGGUUCGGCCAACAUCAACGACCGCAGCAUGUUGGGGAAGCGUGACAGCGAGGUGGCGGUGAUCAUUGAGGACUCUGAGACCGUUACCGCGGUGAUGGACGGACAUGAGUACCAGGCUGGACGCUACGCACUGGCGCUUCGUUUAGAGUGCUUCAGGACUGUCCUUGGAGCCCAUAUAGACACGACCAUAGAUGUGUCUGACCCUAUCUCUGACCACUUCUAUAAGGAUGUCUGGAUGACCACCGCUGGACGCAACGCAACCAUCUAUGAGAAGGUGUUCCGGUGCCUGCCGUCCUCCCUGGUUCGUAACAUGUCUGAGUUAGAGAGUUACCAGACGAACCCAGGCCUGGCCCAGUCUGACCCAGGUAAAGCCCAGGAGGAGCUAAGGAGGAUCAGAGGGUUCUUGGUUCAAUUCCCUCUGGACUUCCUCUCAGAACAGAACCUAAUGCCUUCUGUUGGGACCAAGGAGGGCAUGGUGCCUACUGAGAUCUGGACCUAGAGGACAAGAUACACACACACACACACACACACACACACACACGCACACUCAGGACUAGACACACACACACACACACACUCAGGACUAGACACACACACACACACACACACUUAGGACUAGACACACACACACACACACAGGACAAGACACACACACACACACACAGGACAAGACACACACACACACAGACCACUGCAUUGAACUGUGGAUCUUUAGACUGAUCUCUGGACCUCCAGCUGAUAGCUGACAACUUAAACCACAAACAUGGAGGACCAUGAUGCCGCUUGGCCUGCCACAUCCACAACUCAGCCAAUUAGACUGAUUGCCACGCGGACUAAUGAGGAAGUAAUCAGGAGGACACAACGCUACAGGAUAUUCAGAUAGAAAUAUAUUGUGUAGAACAGAUCGUCACCUCUCAUCAUGUAGGAUAGGAACCUGGUUAGCUCCACAUGAAUAUAUUUCUAUCUGCAAAUGUAUAGGUUUAGAAUGUUUCACCUGACUGAAUACACCUGCCUGAAAAUGGGUGAAGAAAAUGAGCACUUCAGUUCAAGUAGAACCUCCUUAAUUUCUAAAUGUUUUGUCCUGUUUUGUGCCUUCUGAACGCGACCCUGGACACUCUCCUAUGCCUGUCACCUACUCUGUUUGUUCUGCAUGUUCGUAUGGUCGUAGAACUACGUAAGCUUACAUACUGUCUUUAGCUGUGGGGCCUAAAGCUCCGUUUUUUUCUUUCUUUUCUAGAAUAGAGGUUGCCUUUGAGAAGAAGACAUGUAAAUGUUUCCAAUCUAAAUAUGGAAUUGUUCUGUAAAAUCGUAAAAUUGUAAAACGAGGCUUUUAACGCUCGUCACGAAUGUUAAGUGAAGCACAAAAUGUCACUAUAAACACUCACUGAAUUUCAGCAUGAAUCACAACUACCUACAGCCUUCUGCCUUUAAUACACCUGCUGUUCUAUCACACCUUGUAAGUAUUUGUAUUGCCUGUUGUAUAAAUAAUGUAUCAUAUUGCCUAUUAUAUAAUUAAAUCAUCAAUCCCAUCAUUUCUAAAUACAUUUUCAAUAUACUUGAUAAUAAAAUCAACUUUACUGGA